GGUGCGUAAUCUUUUCCCCUUAUCAUCAUCUUCCUCUGUGCGGAUUGGAUUCUCCAGCAACACAACACAACACAACAAUGGCGUUAUCGGUUUCAAACCUCGCCUCUUCUCUCUCGUCUCUCUCUUUCUCCUCCCAAGUUUCUCAAGGAAGAACCACCCUUUCCGUCCCCCAGACGAACUCGGCGUUCUCACUGCCGGCGAAAUCAGCUCGCCGCGCUUCUCUCUCAGUUACCGCCACGGUGGCUGCUCCCGCGGAAGUAUCGGAGGAUUAUGAUACAAUGGAGCUGAAGAAGUACGUGAAAUCUCGGCUUCCGGGAGGUUUCGCAGCUCAGAAGAUCAUAGGCACGGGGCGGCGUAAGUGCGCCAUCGCUCGAGUUGUGCUCCAAGAAGGCACUGGCAAAGUUAUCAUAAACUAUCGCGAUGCCAAGGAGUACCUUCAGGGCAACCCACUGUGGCUUCAAUACGUUAAAGUGCCGUUAGUGACACUUGGUUACGAGAACAGCUACGACGUGUUUGUGAAAGCUCAUGGAGGCGGUCUCUCUGGUCAAGCUCAGGCCAUUACUCUCGGAGUUGCUCGUGCCCUCUUGAAGGUAAGUGCUGACCAUAGAUCGCCUUUGAAGAAGGAAGGUUUGCUCACUAGAGAUGCAAGAGUCGUUGAAAGAAAGAAGGUUGGGCUCAAGAAGGCCCGUAAAGCACCACAAUUCUCCAAGCGUUAAAGGGAACCCUUUUGUUUUUGUAUUAUUUAUUUGUUGGAUCAUCCUUUGCCUCCACUUUCUUUUUCUAUGUUCAUGUGUUGAUGAACCAAUCUCUGUUUUGAUUGAAUAUAAUGCAAAUCCAGAGAGUGAGAAUUCAUUGUUUA